AUGGAUAAACAGUUUGAAGAACUUUGUUUUGCAUGCCACAUUGGGGAUCUUCCAAAUGUUGAUAGACUUAUAGCUGCUGGCGUAAACCUCAAUGCUGUUGAUAAAUUUGAUAAUUCCCCCUUAUUUCUAGCAAGUCUUUGUGGACACGAAGAAGUUGUUAGGUUAUUGUUAAAAAGUGGUGCUAUCUGUGAGAGAGAUAGAUAUGAGGGAGCACGUUGUAUAUAUGGAGCAUUAACUGAUUCAAUAAGGGAUUUACUGCUUACUUAUGAUAUUUUCAAAGUCAUUGAUAUGAAUCAACCAUUUGCUACUCAUAUAUCUUCUCUUUUGAAUAAAAACUCAAAUUUUGGAACUUUUGACGUUAUUUUACAAAAAUUUACAGAUAGAGUGUCAGGCAGCUUGAUAUCAAAGCAUAAAGGUAACGAAAAUGUUGGUGAUAAUCUCUUCGGUAUAAAGGCCCAUAGAUAUAUGAUUCAAGCAAGAUGUCCUAGAUUCUUUGAUUUUAUUUGCAAACAACAAUUAAAUGAUAGUGUCAUGAAAAUAAGGGAUGAUAUACCUAUAUAUGCGUUAAAGUUUUUAUUAAAAUUUAUAUAUUUGAUACCUGUUUUAUAUACCAUCAAACAUACUUAUUACCACGUCUUGAUUGAAAUUGCAAGUAUUUUGGAAUUAGAAGAUCUUUUGGAUUUUUUAAAUAAAGUCAAAUAUGUUACAGAUCCAUCUGAAAAAUCCGCAUUAAUGUUGGAGUAUCAAUACAUAUUUACUUCAUCUGCCAAAAAACAGCUUUCGAAUUUUGUUAAGUGCCACAUAAUUCAUAAUGCAAUUCUAAUACCAAAUGAACUUACUCCAGAAUUGCAUCGGCGCCUAAUAUCCUGUUCAGCAUUGCCUGAUAUAUUGAUUCGUAUUAAAGAUAAUAAUGGAAUUCAAAAAAUAUACCCCUGUUAUCUUUCCAUACUAAUUCGGUCUGAUUAG